AGGCCCCUGAUUAUCUUAGUGAUUGGCCUCGCAAUAGUCAAGUCUUGGGCUUCUACCCACAUAGGGUUCAUUUAUACACAACAGCACCGGCGUUCAGAGCGCGGGACCACAAAAGCAACUGCAACAGGUAGUCUAGUGCAUUACGCGAGACACAUGAAAAUUGAUUCGCUAAAACUAAAAGUAGAAACAAUACUUCAGCUUGACCUUGACCCUCCCCCAAAAAGGCCUAGCUUCAAUCCUUCGUCCGAAUAUCUUCGUUCUCGAUUCACUAAAAAAGUCUGCGACGUCGUUUAUCUUCGCACUCCAGGAGCUUUAGCUUUUCUUGAUAAGUAUUUUUUCUGUUCACACGGUAAGAGCAAGAAUCGUAGGCGGGCUUAUAGAUAAAACAAAAACAGUUAUAGCUUCUUUAUUUUUUCUCGACGUUUCGGUUUUGCUUUUGGUCUGGCAAGCACGAGAAGCUGCAAAACCUGCAAAAUGAAGCUCCGCUUUCUUUCUGUCGUGUUGUUGUCGGGGGCCUGUUUCCACGAGGUCGCGGGACGAAGUCGUUGCUUUUCCUGUUUUCGACCGGCGUCGCCGAGCCAGGAGGAUCAGCAUUCUCGCUGGGAAGAAAGUUACGUCAGAUUUCUUACAUGGUUUAAGAAGGAAAACUGUGAUGUAGGAGAUACGGGCACUUACCACAUUGACAUUCCGGCCCUUGGCCUCGAGGACGUUCACAAUCUUUUGAAAGCACAAGGUAGAAGGUCGCGCCAACGAGGUCGAGGAGUGCAUCCGCUCCACGCCGUGUUUACGGCCGCGGAUACCUACAUCAAGUCAAAUAACAAGGGCGAGCUGGAUUCGCGACCGCCGGUUCAAGACCUGUUGCUCUUGCAUCCGGAAAUGCAAGCACAGAACUCGUGGUGUGUGGCUCCGGGCUUCGGGCUGCGUAGUAGUCCUCCCGACGGGGAUCUAUUAAAUAGAUCUGGUGAAAAGUUUAUUCCCGAUGAAAGCUCAAGACAGGUAAUUAUUUUCCGAGCGAGUCUACCAAGCGAGAGCGACGGGUACUACGUUCGGGCGUGCCCCCUGCGUAAUUGGGCCAAGCUCCUUCAUCAAGAGAGGAAUAAGCGGCGCCCCGUCUGGCUUCUCUCCGUCGUGCGCGCCGGUGCGGGCCGGAGGUUCCAGAUAUGAAAGCCUCAGGUUGGAAAUCCUCAAAGUGGAAAUAAUUUGUGAUGCAAAAAAACGACUCCAGUUGAAGCGGCAUUAGUAGUCGGCGCAUGACAAAUUUCCCGGGCACUUAAAGCAUGUCUGUCAUGCAGGCUAAGGCAAAGGGGUGCCCUUCUGUCGUGCUAAGCAGCAUUCCAAUUCUUCAACCUUAGCAGGAUAAUAGUCGGCCUCCAUUGCGUCCUCUGCAAUACAGUCUUUUUUGCGUCGCAUUCCAUGCAUCACAAAUCAUUUCCACUUUGAGGAUUUCCAUCCUGAGGCUUUCAUACCAGACCAAGUUGACGUAUUACCCACAGAUGCCUACGUCGAGCUUGCUUGUCCUCUUGGGUGUCAGAUCUGGACCGUCCGGCGAGUCGGAGGACGUACAGACCCAAAACGCUGCCUACCAAAGUGAAAAGUGCCGCCCCGCAGGAGCUCUCAGUAUGUAGAUAAAGUAGAAACAGAAGAAAUAAAGCGUUUAUUAUAUCUGACGCACAUCAUCUUGACCCUCGCCUUCGGCUUCCAACAGGAAUAAAUAGAAGCGCUUGUUUGUGUUGCAUGAUCAAGGAAGGCGGACUGCGGGCCCUCCUGGUCCAGAUUGACUCUACGUGCGCACAUCAGCCUCUGCUGCAAAUUGCACGAAAAAAAUGUUUCCAAGUUCUUGGGUACUAGCGGUAGGGGCACCUUUCAUCAUGACACCGCCCGCAUGUUGUCCACUUGGCAGCGCCUGUUUCUCUCUCAAAUCAUCAAUCCAAACGGGCCCCCUCCUCAUCAACCCGUCAGCGAGCCAGGGCGCCAAAGCAGCGAGCGGGCCCGUAGCCAGGUCCCAAGUGCAGGCGGCCCAAGAAUUUUCUACAGCUCUAUUGGUUCCUCAGUGCACAAGACUUACAAGAUUCAAGCCCUAUAUGGAUGUGUCAGAGUUGAAAUCGACAAAGUUGAAAUAAUUUGCCAUGCAUAAAAUGGAUGCCAGUUGGAGCCCAGUUUCUAAGUGGCGCAUGACAAAUUUCGGCGGUCCCUAAAUCCAGUUUGUCAUGCUGUUUAGGCAAAGAAGAGCGAUUUUCUCAUGCUACUUUAGCAGCUCGAGCUGUAGCCCCAAACAGGCUUACAAUCGGCCUCACUUGCCUGCUCUGCAACACACGUGCCGCGAGUCAUGCAUUUUAUGCAUUACAAAUCAUUUCAACUUUGACGAUUUCAAACCUGACGCUUCCAUACCCUACCAGGUGGAGCAAGCACGGCGGCAAGAGUAUUGGGUAUCGCCUUCGCCAAACAAAAAGUGCGGCAGGCCUACGGCUUGGAGCCCCUUCACGUUGUUGCGGCGCGUGAAAAGCUAUCCACAGUGAAUUUAUUCCCGUACACGUACAAAUGCAGUCUGCGCAUGACAAAACUUGCCUUCAGUCCUAGUUUAGCAUGACAGGUUGGACACUGCAAGCUAGUGAAAUUGGUCACGCAUUCUGUACAUGUACGGGAAAUUUGUAUUGCAUAAAAACCUUGGCGGACAAACAGUACGCAUAGGUUGCAGAGGCGUCGCGCUCACAGCUCAAGAAAGUGAAAGCAUCAGUUUGCUUUUCAUAGCGCAGGCCAUUUUUUAUACUAUCAUGGCUCCUGCUCUUGCUUUUUUGGUCAUGAUAUUGAGGACAACGCAACCCAAGUCACUUCUCAGUGAAGAAGAGUGAUCGUUUUGCUCAUUGUCAUUGUUCUUGUUGACCAUAACGCCAAGGUUUGUCUUCUCUUGAAGCAUCAAGCGCAUAUCUCUCCUUGGCGGCAAGUGGUCUCCCAUGUAAACGUAAAGCGAUAAGCUUAUGGAAGCGUCAGGUUUGAAAUCGUCAAAGUUGAAAUAAUUUGCAAUGCAUCAAAUGCAUGGCCCGAGGUACGUGUGUUGCAGAGCAGGCAAGUGAGGCCGAUUGUAAGCCUGUUUGGGUUUACAGCUCGAGCUGCUAAAGUAGCAUGAGAAAAUCACUCCUUUUUGCCUAAACAGCAUGACAAACUGGAUUUCGGCACUACCCAAAUUUGUCAUGCGCCACUUGGAAACUGGGUUACAACUGGCAUCCAUUUUAUGCAUGGCAAAUCAUUUCAACUUUGACGAUUUCGAUCCUGACAGUUCCAUAAAGCUGAUCAUGUAAAAAUCAUGGACCCAGAAGCUCUUCAAGAGAAUGAGAAGUCAGGGCCUAGUACUUCUAGCGCAGGAGGUGACUUCUACGGACGAACAAAUAAGAUUGAUUUGGAUGCUAAAGAUGUUUUCCUUUUCGGCGACUGUGAUCAAGAUCAUGCCGUAUUUGCAACGCAUACACGCAGACGUGAACCGCUUUGUGCAGGAUUUUUUGAGUUUGGGCCCCAGCAAUAUCCAGGCACAAGAUGCGAGGAAGUGGGCUACCGCAGUGACCAGUUAUGCGGCUGAUUUAAGUCGUGAGCGGAGGGUUCCCGAUUUGGUAAAUCAGAUAGAUGAUGACGAUGAUGAUGACCAGUGACGGCGCAAUGCUCUGUAGAAGGAGCAGCGACCUGCGGUGGAAAAAAAAAGGUCCUCCCGACGAGCACCAGGGGUCGAGUAGAAAACAUGUAAGUACAAUUUGAACUCCACGUGUGCGGAAAUCCUGCUCUAUGAAAUACAAAAGCAAAUCGUACUAGUAGUAACGUGGAGGAUGGAAGACGCGCAGUAACGUGGAGGAAGGACGAAGUAGACGGGAUGAUGACAAUAAUGCAUAAAGUAUUUUUUUGAACAGCAAGAAUCAAGAUGAUGAUGGGGUGAGUGCGGAGACGGCGAUGGAAGAAGACGGUUUUUCUGAAAAGUGCAACUCUGCGAACUCAAACGUCGCUGUUGCCAAGAAAGUCAGUCGCAUGCAGAGGACACGUUUCCUCCUGCUUGCGCGUUUUGAUAUGGGUGGACUGAGUGCUUCAUGAUGCAGUCUGUUCAUGCACUUUCCAGAUGCGCAAGCAGCUUGAUUGCUGUACAACUUUCGAAGAU